AUGCAGCCCUAUGGAAACACGCCUCUGAACCAGGAGCAAAGCAUGCUUUCCAUGGAGCCCGGCGACGGCUACCUGGCCCCACCAGGCCCCACCUGGCCCCACCAGGCCGCACCUGGCCACUAUCAGACCCUCAGCAGGGCUGCUGGGCCAAGACUCCCACACCUUUCUGAUCUCCAGCAAGGGCAUGAACAGGAAGUUCUGAGACAGGCUUUUCACACUGGUCUCACCAGCACUGGGUUUCUUAGCAUCACCUUUGAGAAUCCGGUGACACUAAGAAAACUCUCCUGGGAUGCACGGAAUUUCAGAGGGCUCUCGGACUCCCCGGAGUGUAACCCUGGGCCCGGGCAGCAUCGGAGUUGGACCUGCCAGCUCAACAGCAAGUCAAAAAAGAAACAGGAGAGCAGAAAGGGUGUUAAACAACAAAGUAACUCACACGCUUGUUGCAGACAGAAGGAAGACGGUAUUCGGGGAACCCCUGGGAAAGGUGGAGGAGGGGGACAGAGACCACACCCAACUCCAGGUGCGGCAAGGCUGGGUGGGGACUCAUACCAAGGAGCAGGUGCGGUCAGUGGUUCAAAGUUCCAGGAGGGGGGUGGCAAGGUGGCAGUCGCUGCCUUUGCUCGUGCCGCGAGGGCAGCAUCAGGAGUCUUCCAGCCCCUGAACAUUUGGGGGUCUUCAGCCUAUCGAAACUGUCUGAAUGCCUGUCUCAGCUCUGCGCUGUCCACCCGACAUUUUAGUUCUCUUCAGACACCAAUUGUUUCCUCUGCUCCCGGACUUAGCACAUGUGUCAGAAACCUGACAUGUGGGCAUACUACAGCAAUCCUCAACAGAGCGGCCCCCUUGCUUCCAAAUGUCCUGAAGCUACCAGUCAGAACGGUAACGUACUUCAGUUCACGGAAAGGGAAAAGAAAGACCGUGAAAGCUGUUGUCUAUAGGUUUCUUCGACUUCAUUCUGGCCUGUGGCUGAGGAGGAAGUCUGGUUAUAAGAAAAAAUUAUGGAAAAAGACGGCUGCAAGAAAAAGGCGCUUGAGGGAAUUUGUGUUCUGCAAUAAAACCCAGAGUAAGCUCUUAGAUAAAAUGACGACGUCUUUCUGGAAGAGGUGAAACUGGUAUGCUGACGACCCUUAUCAGAAGUACCAUGAUCGGACAAACCUGAAAGUACAGAUCAGAAAUUUUAUGACUUCCUUGCUAUUGAAGAUGUAUCUUCGUGUAUAUGAUGUCAUUGCAAAAUGGAAUAAGUACAAAACUUGA